UUAUCCCUUCACCAUAUUAGGAUUGGUGACGUCGCGCUUGGACCACAGACCCCCAUAGGUUGAAAUCCAGCUGCUCGCGCUUGGGGUUGGUGUAGCACGAGACCAGGGGAGCGCUGGACGCACAGCAUGCCUGGAAAGAUUCAGACUCUUACUAUGGAGGAAAGGGAGCACCUUCUACCCAUGCUGAGUAGUGCUCAGUGGGUGGAGGUGGUGGAGAGGGAUGCCAUUUACAAGGAGUUCCUCUUUAAAGACUUCAACCAGGCUUUUGGGUUCAUGUCCAGAGUAGCACUACACGCUGAGAAAAUGGAUCAUCACCCUGAAUGGUUUAAUGUGUAUAAUAAGGUUCAGAUCACUCUCAGUACUCAUGAGUGUGGAGGACUUUCACAGCGUGACAUCACCCUUGCGACCUUCAUAGAUCAGGCCUCAGUCCUCUGAGAGGACCCUCUCUCAUGAGAGCUUGUUGGACGACCUCUCUGCAGCCUGUGUAUCUGGACCAAUAACGCUGACUUCAUGCUUGGCACUAUAUCGGUUUUGACUGUAUAGUCUCCUUCAAGUCUGCCUGUUUCAAUCAACCUUUUCCUGAGAAGUAUUAAUGGAGUGGUUAAGAUAACUUUUUGUCUGUAAAAUCAUUCCAAAUCCACAGUAAACUUCUUAAAGAUCAGACCAUUAAAUAACACUAAAGAUAUGUAUUACUGUGUUCUUUGGGCUAUUGUCUUUCUUUUUUUUUACUAAAAUAUAUAGUGCCAAUGUGGGAAAAGUCUGAGAUCUGUAAUCCCUAACAGGAUACAGUGAUAAAAUGGCAGACCCUGUGCCUCAACAAUGAAUUGUAUUAAACCGUAAACAUUAGCUCAUUAACUGUGAGAUCAAUACCUCAUCUGGCAAGUGUCAAAUCACUUGCCUUUUUGUUUAAUCAUUACACAAA